UUCUAAAACAAAUUCUACUCUUCAAGUCGGAUAUUGAUCAUUAAAUAUUGGCUAUUAUUGGUCAAAUAAUCCGUAGCGAUGCUGUGCAGGCAAGUGAUUCCCGACAAGAAAAAUGGGAUCGAACAGAUCUACAUAGUCAAAUCUGAGAAUGAACCGGAAUCGCAGAACACCGUCGAUGCUCUGGCCGGUCCAUCGAUGGAUCCGGAAGAUGUCGACGUCAAACAGGAACCACCGAGUGACGAUGAACAAGAUUCGGCAGUGCCAUCGGCAGCCAACCUUCAUUUCAGCAUGUUGGAUGUCAUCAUAAAAGAGGAACCAGAUGAAUUGGACGAGAGUGGCAAAGCUUCGCCUGUGGCAAGUACAAGUUCGAAACGGGUUAAAACAGAGCCAGUGAAGCAGGAAGGUAAAGGUGGUGAAUCCGAUAGUACAAGUGAUUCAGAGACAGAAGACUCCGGUUCCGAUUGGUCGGAAAAAAAUAAAAGCAAGACCGGAAGGAAAUCAAUUAUCAAUAAAUCCAAAACCGAUGAUGAUUCGUCGGACAGUAGUGGUGUGAUGGACCCGGAACCUAUUCCUCGAAAAGUGGAGGUUAAAAAAAUCUACAACAAGCGUAAAAGAUAUCCGGAAGAUCCACCGAUUCGACAGAACGUAAUCAAGCGUUUCGUAUGUCAUUACUGUUCCAAGAAAUUUUCCACUCAGUAUAAUAGAGAACGUCAUGAAAAAGUGCAUGAAACAAAUAUGCCGCCCGAGCAGCGAAUUCAUAGAAAACAAAAUUACUGCUACAUUUGUAAGAAAGAGCAUGAAACUAAGGACGAACUCCAUAAACAUCUCUGCGUUCACGCAGAUAUGAUACCGUACAUCUGUGCGGAGUGUGAAAACCCGAUUAAGCUAAGUUCUGUCAGACUGCUCAACAAGCACAUUCAAUUACACCAACAAAUUGAAACGGGCAUUAUCAAGUGUAGAUUCUGUCCGGUACGAUUCCACUCCCUUUCCGGAUGUCAACAGCACGAGAAGGGUCACGUAGAAAAGGAUAAACUAGAGGAAGCCGAAGCCAGAGCUGAAAUCGAGAGCAAAAGGCUGAACAUUAAAAUCCUCAUCGUAGAUGGGCUGAAGCGUUACGAGUGUGAGUAUUGUAAAAGAUCCUAUACCCUGUUGGCCACGCUUCGUAGACAUGUAAAUUCUCAUACCAACGAGAAGGUUUACGUGUGCAAAACGUGCGGGAAAGUUUUCAACCAUUCCACUUCUUUGACUUUACACGAGAAGGUCCACACGGACUUUGCACCGUACAAAUGCGAAACAUGCGGCAAAGGAUUCAAGGAAGUCGUUCGUUUAAUUGAGCACAGGCAUAUUCACACCGGGGAUAAACCGUUUUCAUGUCACUGUGGCUUAUCAUUCAUCAAGAAGGGUGGCCUAACGAAACAUCAGCGCAAGUGUGAUAUACCAGAAAAUUUGGGAUCUUGUGUGUGUCGAUUUUGCCAAGUUUCAUAUCCUUCGUAUUUGGAAAUGAUUCGGCAUGUCCAAGAGGUUCACGCGCCGGACAUGGAGGAUACAAUGUGUCGGUUUUGCCCGGUUAAGUUCAAAGACGCCGCCCAGUUGGCCACACACGAGCUACGUCAUGAGCUACCCGGUGCAAUUAAGUGCACUCAGUGCACUCGAAUAUUCAAAAAUAAAUUCAAUUUGGACGUGCACAUGCAGACACACGAGUCUUCAUUCAUGUGCCAUGUUUGUGGGAAAACGUUCCUACACAAUGUUAAUUUGCGAGUCCACAGGCGCGUUCACAGCGAUAAGCGUCCACAUGUGUGCGAUCUUUGUUCGAUGACGUUCAACUGCGCCGCAACGAUGAGAAAGCAUAAACUAACGCACUAUAAGCCGGCUAGUAGAAAUUACAUCCCUGGAUUGGUUGAUAAUACUGUAGUGGAAAUAGAAGACGAUGAAGAGGAAGAGGAGGAGGAGGAAGAAGAGGAAGAAGUGGAUGAGGAGGAUGAGGAUGAGGAAGAAGAAGAUGUUAUGGAACUGGGCUCGAGCAAUGUAGAUCUUGAUGGUAAACAACCUGGGCUAGUCUCUAACGAUCUAGCAGCACUCCCGGGUGGAAUGAUGCAAGGUCCUUAAAUGAUAGACCGUACUGGAAGGUUGAUGAAAGUAAGUAA